AUGAGGAAGAUCGUACACCGCCAAGGCGGUUCAUACAGCUCGUUCCGCAUCAGGAGCACCGCUCCUCGGAUAAGCACUCGCCCUAAGCUCACGACCUUGUCGGACCGCAUUGCAGCGCGACUCGUCAGUCACCUGGACCGGAGCCAGGAGUAUGGCAUCACCCUUAGGCUGGGCUAUCUUCCCUUCCUCCCUCAGCGUAUUCCCAAUAGCGCUUGCCUUCGGGACUGCGUGGCCUUAUUCUGCGCAGCGUGGUCUAAUUAUAGAGGACGGUGGCAAGCCGGCAGAGUUGUUACCAUGAGCAACUAUAGCAAGGCCUUGAGGACUUUGCGAAAUACGUUGAGGGGCGACCAGGCGCUGAGUGUAGAGACUCUAGCUGCCAUGACUCUGCUUGAGAGAACCGAGGCCUUGUUCGACUGGGGACAGGAACGAUGCUCGGCUAUCCAUGCGCAUGGUAUAGGGCAUCUUAUCACUAGAAAAGGCUAUGUCGACAUGAAUGAUGAGUUGGAUGUUGAGCUGGCGAAAGAAAACCGUGGGCUCUUGUUAGGCUACUGGGCUACAGAGUGCGGCAAGACCUUCACUGGUGAUGCGAAAAUCAUUGAGGCACCCGAAGCGAAUAUUGAUGGUGGGGAGUUCUGGGGAACGGAUGAGCUGAAACCUUACCUCGAGUCAGCCCUGGCCAUCACAGGCGGAUCGUAUGGCUCGUGGACACAAUGGCUCCAGGACGCGGAGGGGAUCCAGCAAGAUCCUUUCGGCAGUGAGAUGUUGGAUCGUGCGACAUGCCUGCGUCCCCAGCUCAGUCACGCGGCAGCGGAAACGAAGCAGUAUCUAGAGAGCUUGAUGGAGUCGACUCUCGAUCUGGGCACUUUGACCAAGGACGAUGACCCUGACUCAGCUUCAGGGAAGAGCUAUGGAUUCAAGACAGCAGCGCUAGCCCAGCUGUUCAAUGGCCUUCUCAUGCUCCGACUGGUAUCUCUGAGGAUUAGCUAUGACCUGAGUGUUAUCUAUGGAUCCCCAGACACCGAGCUGCAUAGUGAGUACCAAGACGUCUGCAGACACGCAUGGAUGUGUAUCUCCUAUUUGAGAAAGCUCGAUGUUAGUGUCUCUGCGGCGUUUCUGGGGCCGUACUCGGCAUGCAUAGAAGCUUCGAGCGAUAAGGAGAUGGAUUCCUUACAGAGCAUCAUUAAGACCAUGGAUUCAUAUCUCGAUCGUGAUCUUGUGGGAACUGAGGAGCCACCUCACACAGCUUUGGAGUCAGAAAACAUUUUCGCUUUUCAGUCGUUGGGCAUCGAGUGA